UAAGGUUGGCGCGGUCACAUAUAAUAUUUUAAGAAUCCGGAAUUUAAGCUACGAGCUAUGAAAGGAGUGUUUUUGGUGUCCGUGUUUCUAUGYCUGCUAGUCAUCUCCACUUGUAUGCCGGCUAAAUGGAUAGAAAUGACGUACAAGUUCGACAACACCACUCUUUAUUGGCCUGGUGGAAAUCGUUUUAAGCACACGUUGGUAUUCCAAGGUCGGCAACAGCUGUUUUAUUACACUUCAUAUGAUAUCUCGAGCUCUGAGCAUGGUGGAACUCACUUGGAUGCUCCAAUUCACUUCGCUCAAGGAAAAUGGACCACGGAUGAGAUUCCUCUGAAUACGCUUAUCGGCGAUGCUGUAGUUAUCGACAUCACGUCAAAAACUAUAGGAAAUCCUGAUAGUCAUUUGAUGGUCGAUGAUAUUACAAAUUGGGAGAAGAAGCAUGGGACGAUUCCUGAUGACGUUAUAUUGCUUGUCUUGACUGGAUGGGGAAGAUACUGGCCUGACGCUAAGCAAUACCUUGGAACAGAUGGCACUAACACAAGCCUCCUUCACUUCCCCGGACUACACCCCGAUGCCGCUCAAUGGCUCGUUAAGAACAGGAAAAUCAAACUCUUUGGACUAGACACGGCGUCUGUGGAUUACGGUCAGUCUAAAGACUUCAAGUCACACCAAAUUCUUUUGGCUCAAAACAUCCCUGCUUUAGAGAACCUUGCCAACCUGGAUAAACUCCCUCCAAAAGGUGCAACAGUCUACGCUGCUCCUCAAUUCAUUACUGAUGGCAGCGGGGGUCCAUGUAGAGUAUUUGCGACCAUUAAUAAGCCGUAYGCUAGUGGAGCUUUGGCUUCAACACCGAUUAAACCACUUGCACUUGCAUUGCUGUUCAUGGUAUAUAACAUUGUCAGUUAGACCAUCCUCAUUCCCAGAUCCUGCUCGGUUGUAGUAGGAGGAGGAGGAUCUGGGAACGAGAAUGCAGUUAGACACGUUAAAAUUUAGUAGGCGUUCCUGGAUUGGGACGGGGAGGAUUGGGGUGAAGAUGGGGCUUCUUUCUCCUCUGCUCCAACCUUCCCCGUUUCAACUAGRAAACUAUUCGCGGGUUAAUUAAUAGUGGCCAGUUAAAAUUGUUGAAGUUAAAAUCUUCGUUAAACAACUUUCUGUGAUGAGAAUCAACUGAAGAUUCGUACAAAUCGUCAUUAAAAUGAAUUAACUUAGUAAACUGA